AUGUCUAUUUUACCGCCAAGUAGUGUCACCGGUUUCAAGUCUGCUACUGAGACUAGCAUUAACAUAUCUAGAGAAGAUGAUAAUAAAUCUUCCGAGCAAUUAUUCCAAAUCGUAAAAUUUUUACGCAAAGAAAAAGAUAUAGCCGUAGCGAAAUUUGAUAUAUUACAAGCAGAAACUUUGAGACUUAAGUCUCAAUUAGAAAUAGUUGAGAAGCAACUAGACGACACCAAAUUAGCUUUGGCAAAUGAAAGGGAAAAGUCAGAAGUCGGCCUUGUUACCGUAAAUAAGCAGUCGGAUAUUUUAAGAAAAGUUGAGACAUUGAAUGCUUUGACUGAUAGUAACAGGAUAUUACGGGAAGAAAGGGAUACUUUAACUAUUCGUGUUGAAGAAUUAGGUCUCGGAAUUAAAGCUGUAGAAGAACAAUUGUUGCCUCUUCAAGAGAAAAAUUCUGAUUUAACGGCCAAAAACGAAACAUUACAAUCAGAAAAUAAUUCAUUAAAAGCAGAUUGUGCAAGAUGGAGAACACGAGUUAAUGUAUUACUUGAACGGGCUAACAAAACUAGCCCAGAGGAUUGGAAGCGUCUCCAGAAUGAAAGAGAAACCUUAGCCAAAAUGCUUACGAACGAAAAAGAAAAUGUAAGAAAACUCAAUGAGGAACUCGGAGCUAUAAAGCUAGAAAAGGGUAAGCUUGAAGAACAAUAUACUGUUUUGUCUCGUCAACAUAACAUUCUAGUAGAGGAGAAUAAAAAAAUUAAUGAAGAACUCCAAAUUCUCAAAGACGAUAUGUCACGUAUUACAGAAGAUUUAACUAAAGUAAAAUCGGAAUUGUUGUCUGCAAAUGAAAAUAUUUCUAAAUUAACUGAAGAUCUUACAACUAAAGAAGCAUCUUUAAUCGAUAUUCGAAAUAAAGAGAUGCAAAUAAGGAAGAUUGCAAAAAAAUAUAAGGCUCAGUAUGAAGAUUUAGUCAAGUCUGUGGAAGAGGAAAAGAAAAAGACUGAGGGCGAAGUCGCCGCUGCCGACGCUGUAAUAUUGGAAAAUAAAAAACUCGAGGAGCAAAUGUCUGAUUUACAAGCAAAAUUAGAUGCGGAAAAAUCCAACAAUGAGAAAUUAAAGCAAGAAAUUGAAACUUUACGAACUGUGAAUUUAGAUAAAGAAGAAAAGGCCAAGCAGGUGCUGAAGCAGGCCAAGAGUAAAAUCGUUCAAUUAACUGAAUUAAAGAAUACAUUAUCUCGUGAAUUGGAUGAGUCACGCACAAAGAUAGGAGCUAUAGAACAAAGUACACGCGAUGAACAAGAUGUCCGAUUGGCGCUAAUAAAAUCACAAUAUGAAGGGCGUCUAUCGCGCUUAGAAAAAGAACGAGGCGAGGCGCAAGCUGAAAAAAAUAGGGAGGUUGAUGCGCUUCUACAGAAAGUCAAUAUGUUGCAAAGGCAGCUUGCUAAUCAAGCAUCCGCAUCUAAACAGCAAGCAACAGAUAAAACUUCGACGGAUCCGCCCACAGCUAAUAUAAAACCUAUGGCCGGUGUAGCCCAGCAAAGCGUUACAGCCAGCCGACGUGGAGGGGAGACUCCUUUGGCCUCGAUACGCCCCAUGGCGCAGGUGGGCCCCACAGCACCGCACGAUGCGCACACGACAGAGUACAUGCCAGUCUCUUCGCGCCCGUUGACACGAGCCACUUUAGCAGCUUCGACAGCACCGCCGGAAUCAACACAGGAUAUGGAUGCAAGUGAAGCCGGAAUGGGCAGUUCUGGUACAAGUGAGAGUGCACAGCCAUCAUCACACUCACAGGCUCCACAACAGGCUGUAGCAAUGGUGAUGCCGCGAAUUGAACAACCUACUGGAACCAGUUCCGCCACCGCGGGCGUGUCGCCGGCUAGCUCCGCGCCGCCAACAGCAUCAGCACCCUCCAUCCCAACUCCACCCUUAUCAAGUGCAGUGACGGUCGGCAGCACGCCCACAUCAGGUGCGGCGUCGCAGACGGCGCAGGCGUCCCAGGCGUCGACGAGCGUGAGCACGUCGCAGACGGCGGCGGGCGUGAGCACGUCGCGGCCGCCGGACGCGCGGCCGAAGCGCCGCCUGCAGCCGCGCCCGCUCGCCUCCAAGCGCACGCGCGUACAGGGAUUUGAAAGGUCUGUGGAAGUAGAGUACCAAGUGCCCACGUCUUCCCGUUGCGACCAAGAUGAUGAGGGUGUGAUAGUCGUCGAUUCCGAGGAAGAUGACGAACGGUGCACUGGAACUAUGUACAGGGAAAAUGAAGAAGAUGAAGACAUGGAGGAGGAACAAGAAGUUGAAGGAGGAGAGGAGGAAGAAGAAAUUGAAGGUGACGACGGAGAGAAUACAACGCGCCCAGAGUCGCCAGCUCAGUCGCCGGAGGCAGGCGGCUCGGGCGGCUCGGCGGCGUCGGGCGGCUCGGCCGCGUCGGGCGGCUCGGUCGCGUCGGGCGAGGAGCCGGACGAGCGCCCCGCGCUGCCCGCGCGCGACGACCACCAGCACCAGCAGAUAGAGGCCAUCAGCAGCGGCACCGAGCCGAGUGGUGCUUUGUCUCUUGGAGGAAGUGGAGGCGACGAUGGCGACGAUAGUAUCGUUCCUUCCACACCUACACUGUAUGUCCCAAGGCGCAAUGACGGGUUCGGCGAGGCGGUGUCGCCGCUGGGCGCGGGCGGCGCGGGCGGCGCGGGCGCGGCGAGCGGCGCGGGCGCGCGCUUCACGUUCGCGGAGGAGCCGCACGAGCCGCCCGCGCAGCACAGCACGCACCACGACACGCACGCCGACCUCGCGCCCGCCAUGCCGCCGCCGCAGCCCGACCGCGCCACCACAGACUCGCGACCUGAGGCAGGUGACAAUCAUGAUUGGGAGGAGUCAAGAGCAGAAGAAGAAACAACAGCUGUUAGUUCACAGGGCAGCGAACCUUCAUCACCUCAUCAGAUGGCGGAGGAAGGUCGUGAGGCGGAAGCGAGCGCGCCCGCGCGCCGCGCGCCCUCGCGCUCGCCGCUCGCGCCGCACGCGCCCGCCGCACGCCGCGCACGCCGCGCACGCCGCGCACGCCGCGCACGCCGCGCACGCCGCCCCGCACAACCACCGCUGGAUGCGCGCCGCAGACAGUGAAAGCGGACCGCGCGGCCGCGGCAUGCGACCUCGAGGACGCCCGUCACGACGGCCCCAUAGCUAUAGGUUUAACUGAUUCCUUCUUAGUGAUUUAUCCUUUUAUAUCAUAACACUAUGACAUAACUUCAUAUUAUAUUGUAAUUUUUAUUGAAUAAAUUAGUAUCGAUAAGAUUGAUAAUUAUUCAACAAUUAUUUGCAGUGUUUUUUCCUUAAGAUAUAUGUGUAAGAUUUUUUAAACAUGCUGACGACACGUUUUAACGCAACCAAAAUGUAUUAGUAAUCACGAUAUAGAUAGAACUGUGUCCUUUUAUAUACUAAUGCGCUGAAAAUUGCAAGAAGCGCGGGUAACGAAAAUGUGCGUCGUCAGCGCGUAUGAAAUAGACCGUCUGGAUAGGUUCUUUUAUUUUAUUAAAGCAAUUACUGGACAGUGAUAUAUAUGUAGGAAUAGGGAAAAAUGCUAAGUUGAGUCGUAGGGUCCAAAAUUAAAGUAAUCAAUAGGUUAAAGGCACCAAUAGGUUAAAAUAUAUUUUCCCAAUAUUUUAUUUUACAAAAUAUAUUAUAUACAUAUAUUAUUGCACUUAUCAAAACGAAGACGAUGGUUCCUCAACAAGAAUCAAAAUAUGGGAAUAACAUGUCAUUGUAUGCGACAGCAAUGCCGAAAUACAACGGACGGCCGAGAACUAAACGUGAAAUAACUUUUAUAUUUAAGAGAAUUUCAAAAUUAUUUGAACUACCAAACCGCAUCAGAUUGCGCGUCGGUGUGCUAGGUCGGUAUAUACAGACCCACAAAAUCAACACAUUAAUACAGUAGUAAGGAAACAUAGGAGUACAUUCAACUAAAACAAA